AUGUACAAUAAUCAUCACAAAGUCAUAAUAACAAACAAAGAAAACAUGAAGAUGGUUGCAAUUUUCUUGGCUUCUUGUGUCUUGUUCUCCCUUCUCCCAAGCCACCUUUCACAAGGUCUUAUCAUACAAUUCUGUUCAUCGCACUCCGGUGAACCAAGCUUGAUCGCUACGGAGAGAAGGCAGUGGUGCCCGUUUAAAAAACAAAUAUUCAGUGGUUCAUGCUCAAAAGAUGGAGGACAACAAUGUCUAGAUGACUUAUUACGUACAUGGGAUCCAAGUGUAAGGCUAAGCCCAGUCUACUGCAAUUGCACUCCUAAACCUAACAACAAGCGUCUCUGCAGUUGUCCAAACAUGAUCUGCCCCUAA